AUGGCCUUUUUAGCCUUAAUAGUUAUUUUUAGUUUAGUCAGUUGCGUGUAUAGUGCUGAAAUACGUGUCGAUCCCUUAGUUUUGAUCGAGCAAGGUCUCGUGAGGGGCUUAAAAUCUCGGGACGGAAGCUACUCAAGUUUCCUUGGAAUACCAUAUGCAAAGGUGGACUCGAACAAUCCUUUUGGGGCAGCACAACCUCACCCCGGUUUUGGAGAUGAAGUUUACCUCGCAUACAUCGGUAAUAAAUUAUGCCCACAAAGCAUAAAGACAUCCGAGCCAAUCAAAGCAGAUGCAAAUGCGGAAGAAAUAUUGGACUGUCUGCGAUUAAACGUCUAUGUACCAACAGUAGCCAGUUCGCAAAAUCCUCUCCCAGUGCUUAUAUGGAUUCACGGCGGCAUCUACGCUGAAGGCAGCGCCGGCAACUAUGGUCCAGAGAAUUUGGUCAAGGAAGGCAUCGUUGUGGUAACUAUUAACUAUCGCUUGGGGCCCUAUGGUUUUAUGUGCCUCGAUGUCCCCAAUGUCCCCGGCAACCAGGGACUGAAAGAUCAAUAUCUGGCUCUUCGCUGGGUCAGAAACCAUAUUAGAGCUUUCGGAGGUAACCCAUACAACGUUACGAUUGCUGGACAAAGCGCUGGCGCUGGAUCCGUCCUGUACCAUCUAUACUCGAAGAAGGAAAAGUUGUAUUCGAAAGUGAUUGUUCAAAGCGGAACACCACAAAAACCUGUAUCUUUUGCACAAGCUGAUGAGAGAGCUGCUGUUAAAAUAGCUUCUCAUUUGGGCUUUGAUACCAAUAAUACUGUCCAGGCUUUGGACUUCCUAGCAAAUUCCUCUCAUGUAUUGGUUGCACGAGCGGCUGCGGAUCUUAAUUUGAAACUUAGACCGUGCAAAGAAAGGGCAUUUGACGGCGUUGAAAAUUUUGUUGACGCUAAUCCAUUUACACUGUCUAAUGAGAGGAAAGUCCAGAACACGCCAAUUCUAAUUGGACAGACAAGCAAAGAGCAUUAUGGCUCGCAAGCAAAAAAUAACGAUGAGUAUUAUAAGACUGAUCCCUUCCUAGAUACAAUAAGAGAUAAUUUUAUUAUAGAUGAAGACCAAUUAGUUAAAGCCGCUAAAUUAGUGAGACACUUUUAUAUUGGAGACAGAGCUGUAUCGAAGGAUGUAGUUUCAGAGCUAGAAACGUUUACAUCUGAUUUCUUAUACAAUCAUCCACUAGAACGAACAUUAGUGAAGUUGAUGGAUGAGAAGGCCAAUCCUGUUUAUGAAUACGAGUUUCGUUAUCUUGGCGAACGAGAUAUAGAUGGAGCGCCGCAUUGUGAAGAACUAAAGUACCUAUUUCAAUUUUACGAUGUUGUUAUAGAACCCACAAAAGAAAAUCAAUUGGUUAUCAACAGGAUGACAAAACUGUGGUCAAAUUUCGUUAAAUAUGGAAAUCCAACACCAGUCAUUGACGAUUUAAUACCAGUCAAAUGGACAACUGUAACGAGUGAUAAACGUCCCUACAUGAUUAUUGAUAAGGAACUCAAAAUUGAGAACAGAAUCCACAAUCAGAGGAUGGCUUUUUGGGACUUAUUUUAUGCAACAUAUGGACAAUUUAACAGAUAUACACACCAAAAUUAA